AUGUACGAUUACGUAAGACAUGGAGAUUUGUCAUAUCAGGCUAAAAAUGCUAGUGGCAGAAGAAAGGGUUAUAUGGAAAUCAUGAAAGAGCUUUGGGAAGAGAAAGGAUAUGCUUCACUUGGCUAUACCACUCAAAACCUACGAGACAAAGCUGCUCAAGUCCUUAAGACUACAGAAAGAACAUUUUCAAAUAGCUGCACAAAUGAUGUGAAUGAGACAUCUGUAAACUAUUUCGAGAAUGAAGAGUCCGAUUUGGCUCAUAAUUUAAACAACCAACGAUGUGAAAUUCAUUCAAUAGAAGUAUGAACAGAGGCCGAAAAUGUCAACGAAGUUAAUGUAAACACAACAGAUGAAGUAAAUAAUAUUAAUGACCCGCCUCCUUCCAUCGGUUUGCCUACAUUGACAUACGCUACUUUUCAAUGGGGAGAAUUAAACCGAGAAGCUUGUAUUGUCACUAUAAACAAAGCCUAAGAAGAAAUAGUGUGUUGGAAAAGAAACAUAUUUCUACUCCCUUCGGGUAAAGUAGGCAAAGCGUUCAUCAAAGAGUUAGCUCACCUAUAUCAAGCAUAUGCAGAUUAAUCACCACUUGAAUGUAUUGCUCUUAAAGCAUGUUCCGUGAUGCAAAGUGUUUUAUUACAAAAACCUCACACGAAGAGUAAGAGUAAAGAGCAUGUUGUUUGCCUGGAGCAUAGACUCAAUUUAUGGUCAGAAGGCAGAUUUAAAGAAUUGAUUUCAGAAGGGAAAUGCAUCCAGAACCAUAUGUCAUCGUUGCCUUAUUCCACACCGCAAGCCGAAAUUCAAAACAUCUCAAAGGGCUACAAUCGCUUAAUGUUACAAUGGAAAGUUCGUCAAGCUGUUAAUUUACUCUCCAAUGCAAAUUGCUGAGGCCUCUUACCUCUCGACUCUCUGAUCCCAGUUGGUAUAGACGAUGAGGGUAACACACAAUGGAAAUCAACUAAAGAAAUUAUUUUGGAUAAACAUCUGCAUGGACGUACACCGAACAUUGAUAUACUUUUGCAGGAUACAAAGCCGAGUCAUUUUGAUCCAAUCCUAUAUAACAGAAUUACCAGUGACACAAUUAGAGAUGCAGCCAAUAAGAUCCAGGGCUCCGCUGGUCCGUCAGGCGUUGAUGCACAUCUAUGGCGUCGCUUUUGCUUGUCAUAUAAAACGGCCUCGUCGGACUUGUGUAAUGCACUUGCAGGAGUCGCUAGACUGUUGUGCACCAAGUCAGUUCACCCUGAAGGUUUGUCAGCUUUCGUGGCAUGUAGGCUUAUUCCCUUGGAUAAAGAUCCUGGAAUAUGCCCCAUAGGUAUAGGCGAAGUGCCUAGGCGUAUUAUAGCCAAGGCAAUACUUAGAGUGGUUCGAGACGAUGUCAAAGAAGCAGUGGGUCCUUUGCAAACAUGUGCAGGUUUUGAGGCAGACUGUGAAGCAGCUGUUCAUGCUCUAAAUCAUAUAUGGGAUUCAGAAGACACUGAAGGAACACUUCUUGUCGAUGCUACUAAUGCAUUUAAUACUCUAAAUCGUAAGGCAGCGCUAGAUAACAUCCAAGCUACUUGUCCAGUGAUAUCGACAAUGUUAAACAAUGCCUAUAAGGCCCCAGUUAGAAUGUUUGUGACAGGAGGAGGUGAAAUUUCAUCAAUGGAAGGAAUGACACAAGGAGACCCGUUGGCCAUGGUAAUGUAUGCAUUAGCUAUUAGUCCGCUGAUUAACAGCUUAAGUGAGAAAGCACCAAAUGCAAGUCAGGUGUGGUUUGCGGAUGAUUCCAAUGCUGCAGGACGACUCGAAGCACUUAGGGACUGGUGGCAACAUCUAGCUGAUAUUGGCCCAGAAUAUGGGUAUUUUCCAAAUGCUAGCAAGACAACUAUGGUUGUAAAAGAAUAAUGCCUUGAUCGAGCAAAGGAACUAUUUGAAAACACUGGCAUUACAAUCACCACUGAUGGUCAUAAAAUGCUUGGUGCUGCAUGUGGUAAACGUCCUUUUGUGGAAGGAUAUGUGGCAGACAAGAUAAAAGAAUGGGAUGAAGAAAUCAUGAUGAUAUCUAAGAUAGCCAUAUCCUCACGCUGCAUAUACUGCACUUUCUCGUGUAAUUAUUGGGAAAUGGCAAUAUCUUAUGCGGACAGUUGUGAUGUUGGUGAAAUGUUUCAAGUAUUGGAGAACAGAAUUGCAAACAACUUUAUUCCAGCUUUAACCGGCAGAGAACCUUGCUCCAAUGAAGGAAAAUCACUGCUGUCCCUGCCAACACGUCAUGGCGGUCUCAAUCUUCCUAACCCUGUUGAUCUUGCCAAAAUCCAACAUGAUGCAUCGUUGAAGGUCACCGAACCUUUAAAGAAGAUGAUUAUAAGCCAAACAAUGUCUUAUGAAAGACUACAAGUACAUGAAAUAAAGGCAGAGCUAUGA